AUGAGAGAGAAAUUGGUUGGUGCCAAAGAAGAAUGGUACGAAGCCUAUAUCAAAUCGCUGACAACUCACAUCGAGAACAAAAAAUAUUUCUUAAAAAAGGCUCAGGAUACCAUUAAGGAAUUGCAAAGGGAGAAGGAGAAUGAUGAAACUAGGAACGAGUUAGCUGAAGAGGAGAAGGCAAAGAGGGAGGCAAUAUGGGAGGAAUUCUUGAAUAAACCAUUAUUGUUCCCAGAGAGAUCAGAUCCCAUUGGAUUAAGUUUAGCAACUUCAAGCUUAACGAUGAGAUCUGCAAGUUCAAUGGAUGUAAUUAAGGUCAUGAAGGAUAAUUGCACAAAUAUGAAGUCAAUGGUUACAUAUCAGAGGAAAAUCAACGAAAAUUUGUCUUUACUAUUGGAGUCUAUGAACUCUUCUGCGACUACAACAAUUGAAUCCGACUCAAAUGAGACGAAUAUAUACAAGGAUGUACAUACAAGGAAUAAAGAAUUAUGGGACAAUAUACAAAGCAUAAUGAAGCAAUACUUGUUCGAUAGCGAUGAGAAUGAAGAUGCUUUGGCAUGCGAGGCCGUUUGGGAUAUUUUGAAACGAUUGGUUAAUUAUGAUCCGACUCUAACGUUUGCCGAUUUCAAAUUCAGUUCACAUCGGGAGACAUUGAUGAAGCUUUACAGACUACUCUUAAAAGGACAUCUAGUUGUACCCUCUACAGGACACACAAACUCGCGAUCAGUGCAAUUGAUUGAUUUUUUGGAUACAGACGUUUCUUGA